UGUGGCACCCGAGUAUUUAAACUUUGGCUGCUUGCUGGGAUCGGCAUCAGUUCGGCUUUGCCAAUCCAGCAGUGCACUUGCAAAUCAGUGUGUGGUUCCACCAAUUUGCUCCGCAGGCUCGAUUGUUGCUGAGUCCAGUUGAACACCGAAGAAUCAAGGAAAAAAACCCUCUUCACUUCAAAUCUCAUCAUCAUGAAACUCACACUCACACUCGUUGCCCUGGCUGCGGUUUGCGCCGCGGUUGCUAGCGCCGCCGACGCAGACAUGACAGCAGCGGAAUCCAAGUACGUCCGCCGCCACGGCGGCUACAAGGGCGGCUACAAAAAGCACAUCGACGACGACAUGUUCGGCGCCGAAUCCAAACACUACGGCCGCCGCUACAAGGGCAAGAAACACAUCGACGGCGGAGAAGAAGAAGAAGUGGCGGUCGAGGAAAUGGCUGGCGAAGAGUCCAAGCACCACGGAGGGCGC